CAGGGCUGGAGGGAACAAAGUGAUCAAACAAUAAUAAAAGAGAGAGGGAGAGAGCGAGAGCGAGAGAGAGAGGGAAGGAGAAAGACAAAUCGAAAAGGGGAGAAAAUGGACUCUUGGGUUCGAGGUUUAGUUCUUGUUGCAUGCCUCUUUCCGGUUCUUGUCGACUGUGCAGUCCGAAACUACAAGUUUGAUGUGGUACUGAAGAACAAAACUAGAUUAUGUUCAAGCAAGCCCAUUGUCACCGUCAAUGGUAAGUUCCCAGGGCCAACUUUAUACGCCAGGGAAGGCGAUACGGUACUUGUCAAAGUCGUCAACCAUGUCAAAUACAAUGUUUCCAUACACUGGCAUGGUGUCAGGCAGCUCCGAACAGGUUGGGCGGAUGGGCCAGCAUACAUUACACAGUGUCCAAUCCCGACAGGGCAAAGCUAUGUAUAUAACUUUACCAUCACUGGCCAAAGAGGCACACUGCUUUGGCAUGCCCAUAUUCUCUGGCUAAGGUCCACAGUCCAUGGCGCCAUUGUUAUCUUGCCUAAGCGCGGUGUGCCUUAUCCAUUCCCAAAACCCCACAAGGAAGUAGUUGUUAUAUUAGCUGAGUGGUGGAAAUCAGACACUGAAGCUGUGAUCAAUGAAGCACUCAAGUCUGGAUUGGCUCCAAAUGUCUCAGACGCUCACACCAUAAAUGGCCAUCCAGGACCCGUCUCCAGUUGUCCUUCACAGGGAGGUUUCACAUUGCCUGUUGAAAACGGCAAGACCUAUCUGCUACGCCUUAUCAAUGCUGCACUCAAUGAAGAGCUCUUCUUCAAAAUUGCUGGGCACAAGCUGACUGUUGUGGAAGUUGACGCCACGUAUGUUAAACCGUUCAAAACUAAUACAGUUAUAAUUGCCCCAGGGCAAACCACCAACGUCCUUGUCUCCGCUGAUAAAAAUUCUGGCAAGUACCUGGUUACUGCCUCACCUUUUAUGGACGCUCCAAUUGCAGUGGAUAACCUGACUGCAACAGCAACGUUGCACUACUCAGGCACACUUGACAACACCCCCACGACUCUCACUAGCCUAACACCAAAAAAUGCAACUCCAGUUGCCAACAACUUUAUAAACUCCCUUCGUGCCCUAAAUUCCAAACAAUACCCUGCCUUAGUCCCACAAAGUAUUGAUCACAAGCUUUUCUUCACUGUUGGACUGGGUAUUAACCCUUGUCCUACUUGCAAGGCCGGUAAUGGCAGCAGGGUGGUAGCUUCAAUUAACAAUGUGACAUUCGUCAUGCCUACCACAGCCUUGCUACAAGCACAUUUCUUCAACAUCAGUGGGGUUUUCACCACUGAUUUCCCUGCAAACCCACCAAACGUGUUUAAUUACUCUGGAACUCCACCAACAAAUUUGCAGACAACAAAUGGGACAAAGGUUUUCAGACUGGCUUAUAACUCUACAGUUCAACUUGUUUUGCAAGAUACGGCCAUCGUAGCCCCAGAGAACCACCCAGUCCACUUGCAUGGAUUCAAUUUCUUCGCCGUUGGUAGAGGACUUGGGAACUAUAAUCCAAAAACAGAUCCUCAGAAUUUUAAUCUUGUUGAUCCUGUUGAGAGGAACACAAUUGGGGUACCAACUGGUGGAUGGGUAGCUAUCAGAUUCCGUGCUGAUAACCCAGGAGUUUGGUUCUUGCACUGCCAUUUGGAAGUGCAUACAACAUGGGGGCUUAAGAUGGCAUUCUUGGUGGACAAUGGAAAAGGUCCUAAUCAGUCGCUUCUUCCUCCUCCAAGUGAUCUUCCAAAAUGUUAAACCAGGGGGACUAUCUCCACCAGCAGAGAGACUUCCACAUCGAAAAAGAGACGUGCAAAGAAUGGGGAAAAGAGUUUCACAUGCAGAAGAAAGACACUAUUGAGACUGGAGCUAUUUUAUUUAAUAAGCAAAGCAAGAGUUGAGAUUGCAUUGGUUUCUUGGGUAAAUGAAAGAAUUUACUCAAGCGUGCUUGAAUAACAUUUGUAUAAGCAUUUUUAUUUUUUGGGGAAUAAAAUCACAGUCUUAUUCAAA